GCCCCAUCACAUAGUCCAUGGAAAAACUGGUCUCUAAGUGGGGGGUAGUGGUGGUGGUGGUCUGGGCUUGUUAGGAGGGUCUGGAGGCUAAGAGGGAGCCCUGAAAGGGAAGUUCUGGCCCUUGGUCAGUAAAGGGUGGGGCUCUCAUAGUUUCUGUUUCCUCAGUUGGCAGCUCAGCAGGGGCCCUCCUUCAUGAAUGUUCUGGGAAGCAGCAACUAUGCAGGGUAGGCUGGCCAGGCUGCAGGUGCCAGAGCAGAUUGCGUAAAAGGUUGGGGGGGGGGUGGAGGGAAAAGGGGUGUAGCCAGAUACGGCAUUGGAGUUUCAGUUUGGACAGCAAGUCAAGUAGGCACCCAGAGUGAACUGGAGAGAGCUUUUGGGCAUUGGCUUCUCUUGAGCUUUCCAUGACAAUGGAGAGUCCCCAGCUCUGCCUAGUCCUCUUGGUCAUAGGCCUCUCCUCUGGAGGUGUGAACACAACUCCAGUGCUUGAGGCCCAGCCCCAGGUCUCCUGCUCUCUGGAGGGAGUAGAGAUCAAAGGUGGCUCCUUUCAACUUCUCCAAGAUGGUCAGGCCCUGGAGUACCUAUGUCCCUCUGGCUUCUACCCAUAUCCUGUGCAGACUCGAACCUGCAGAUCCACAGGCUCCUGGAGCAUCCUGCAGACCCAAGACCAAAAGAUUGUCAAGAAGGCAGAAUGUAGAGCAAUACGUUGCCCACGACCACAGGACUUUGAAAAUGGGGAGUUCUGGCCCCGGUCUCCCUACUACAACCUGAGUGACCAGAUUUCUUUCCAAUGCUAUGAUGGUUACGUUCUCCGGGGCUCUGCUAAUCGCACCUGCCAAGAGAAUGGCCGGUGGGAUGGGCAGACAGCAAUCUGUGAUGAUGGAGCGGGAUACUGUCCCAACCCGGGUAUUCCUAUUGGGACAAGGAAGGUGGGUAGCCAAUACCGCCUUGAAGAUACGGUUACUUACUACUGCAGUCGGGGACUUGUCCUGCGUGGCUCCCAGCAGCGAAGGUGCCAAGAAGGUGGCUCAUGGAGUGGGACAGAGCCUUCCUGCCAAGAUUCCUUCAUGUAUGACAGCCCUCAAGAGGUGGCCGAAGCAUUCCUAUCCUCCCUGACAGAGACCAUCGAAGGAGCUGAUGCAGAGGAUGGGCACAGACCAGGGGAACAGCAGAAGAGGAAGAUUGUCCUGGAUCCCUCGGGCUCCAUGAAUAUCUACCUGGUGCUGGAUGGAUCUGACAGCAUCGGGGCUAGCAACUUCACAGGGGCCAAGCGCUGUCUCACCAACUUGAUUGAGAAGGUGGCAAGUUAUGGCGUGAGGCCAAGAUACGGUCUAGUGACAUAUGCCACAGUCCCCAAAGUCUUGGUCAGAGUGUCUGAUGAGAAGAGUAGUGAUGCCGACUGGGUCACAGAGAAGCUCAACCAAAUCAGUUAUGAAGACCACAAGCUGAAGUCAGGGACCAACACCAAGAAGGCUCUCCAGGCUGUGUACAGCAUGAUGAGCUGGGCAGAGGCCCCGCCUGAAGGCUGGAAUCGAACCCGCCAUGUCAUCAUCAUUAUGACUGAUGGCUUGUACAACAUGGGUGGAGACCCUGUCACUGUCAUUAAAGACAUCCGAGACUUGCUGGAAAUCGGCAAGGAUCGCAAAAAUCCCCGAGAGGAUUAUCUGGAUGUGUAUGUGUUCGGGGUCGGGCCUCUGGUGGAUUAUGCGAACAUCAAUGCCUUGGCUUCCAAAAAGAACAAUGAGCGGCAUGUGUUUAAAGUCAAGGAUAUGGAAAACCUGGAGGAUGUUUUCUUCCAAAUGAUUGAUGAAACCAAAUCUCUGAGUGUCUGUGGCAUGGUGUGGGAGCAUCAGGAUGGCAACGAUUAUCACAAGCAACCAUGGCAUGCCAAGAUCUCAGUCACUCGCCCUCUGAAAGGACAUGAGAACUGUGUGGGGGCCGUGGUGUCUGAGUACUUCGUGCUGACAGCAGCGCACUGCUUCACUGUGGAAGAUCAGAAACAUUCCAUCAAGGUCAGCGUGGGGGGGAAGAGGCGGGACCUGGAGAUUGAAGAGGUCCUGUUCCACCCCAAUUACAAUAUUAAUGGGAAAAAGGCAGAAGGAAUCCCAGAGUUCUACGACUAUGAUGUGGCCCUAAUCAAGCUCAAGACAAAACUGAACUAUGACCAGACUCUCAGGCCCAUCUGUCUCCCCUGCACGGAGGGAACCACACGAGCCUUGCGGCUUCCUCAGACAGCCACCUGCAAGCAGCACAAGGAAGAGCUGCUUCCUAUGAAGGACGUCAAAGCUCUGUUUGUAUCUGAGGAAGGGAAGAAGCUGACCCGGAAGGAGGUGUACAUCAAGAAUGGGGACAAGAAAGCCAGUUGUGAGAGAGAUGCUACCAAGGCCCGAGGCUAUGAGAAGGUCAAAGAUGCCUCUGAGGUUGUCACCCCCAGGUUCCUCUGCACAGGAGGGGUGGAUCCCUAUGCUGACCCCAAUACAUGCAAAGGAGAUUCCGGGGGCCCUCUCAUUGUUCACAAGAGAAGUCGCUUCAUUCAAGUUGGUGUCAUCAGCUGGGGAGUAGUGGAUGUCUGCAAAGACCUCCAGAGGCGGCAACGGCUAAUACCCUCUUAUGCCCGGGACUUCCACGUCAAUGUCUUCCAGGUGCUGCCCUGGCUAAAGGAGAAGCUCAAAGAUGAGGAUUUGGGUUUCCUAUAAAGAGCUUCCUCCUGGGAGGGGGUGAGGACAAAUUAAAGCAGCUACAAUAA